GAGGUCACUGAGCUAGACGAGGCGUACUGGAACUCCUUCGACGACGACGCUCCCGAGGAGCCCGAGCCCCCAGCAGUCUCCACACCCGCCACUCCUCCCGCCACUCAACCACGUAUCCACGCACCCGCUCCAAUUGUCCAACCGCGUGCCCUUGUACCUGUUCCGAGCAUCCAGCCCGUCGCCUCGGGGCCGCCCCCGCCCGCCAAUGCACCAGCUAUCGACCCGCCAGAGCUCAAAGCCAAGCCCUAUUACAAUCAGCUUAUGCGGGCCCUCCGAAACGAGUUUGGACUCCAGUUCUUCCGCGCAUUGCAGCUCAAGGCAAUCUGCGAGGUCAUGGACGGCCGCGACGUCUUCGUGCUCUUCCCAACCGGAAGCGGCAAGAGCUUGACGUUCCAGCUUCCCGCUGUCGUCCAAGACGGUCUGACCGUAGUCGUGAGCCCGCUCCGGUCGUUGAUCGUCGACCAGCACAGAGCGCUCCGAAAGCGGCAGAUCGACGUUGAAUACCUCCUAGGCGAUACACCCGAAUCGCAGAAACAGGCUGUGCGGCAGCGCUGCCGAAACGGCAACGCUCCAAAGCUGCUGUAUCUGACGCCCGAGAUGCUGCAGAUGAGCGACUCCAUGGUGAGCGUGCUCAAGCAGGUCCACUCGCAGAACAAGUUGCGGCGCUUCGUUAUCGACGAAGCCCACUUGAUCACAGACUGGGGGCGGACGUUUCGCGAUUCUUAUGUCCAUCUCAGCCAGAUCAGAGUGAUGUAUCCUGGCGUGCCCAUCAGUGCCCUCACCGCUACCGCCAAUGCGGAGGUUCAGGAGGACAUCAUCUCGCGGCUCAAUCUCAAUAUCCGCGAGCAGCUCAAGCUCUCCUUCAAUCGGCAGAACUUGGACUACGAGGUGCGCCUCAAGAAGAAGGACCCGGUGGGCGACAUGGCCGCAUACAUCCUGGAGAACCAUCCGCGGGAUACGGGCAUUGUAUACUGCACGUCUCGCGACCGCUGCGAGGAGGUCGCAAAGAUGCUCCGGGAGAAGUACAACUUGAGCGCGCGACAUUAUCACGCGCAGGUGGCCGACGGGGACAAGAACCGUGUCCAAGAGCUAUGGAGCAGCGGGGAGGUCCAGAUCAUUGUCGCGACGAUCGCCUUCGGCAUGGGCAUCGACAAGGCAGAAGUCCGCUUUGUGAUCCACUUCAGCAUACCCGGCUCUCUGAAGGCAUACUACCAGGAAACCGGGCGCGCAGGACGAGACGGGAAGCUCGCUCACUGCAUCCUAUACUACAGCCAAGCCGAGUACUUCGGUCGCAUGGACCGGAUCAUCAAAGACAAAGACAUCAAGACCGACAUCGAGCGCCAGUGGCAACUGGACGACCUGAAGCACGUCAUGCGCUACUGCACCAACGAGGUGCGCUGCCGGCGGCAGCAGGUGCUCGCCUACUUCGGCGAGGAGUUCGACCCCGCGCACUGCCGCCAGCUCUGCAACAACUGCCGCAACCAGGACGGCAUCCUCAGCGAGGACCACACCGACACGGCGCAGAAGGCGGUCCGCCUGUUCGAGAACCUCCAGCGCAGCGGCGCGCGGCUCACGCGCAACCAGCUCGCGCUCGCGCUCAAGGGCAGCAGGGUCAAGGACAUGGUCAAGAAGGGCGUCACGAACGACCCGCUCUACGGCUCGUGCAGCAACCUCCAGCAGAACGUCCUCGAGCGCGUCGUCGAGGAGAUGUGCCACGCGGGCAUGCUCGCGUCCGAGGUCGUGCAGAACGGGAGCGGUUACUCGAACACGUAUCUUUCGGUAAGUCACCAAGCGCGUCCCGCACUCUGUCUUGCAUCUUACGCUCGCGCAUCCCCUGUAGCUCGGCCCCGCUGUAAACGCGCUGCUGAAAGGACAGAAGAAACUCAAUAUCGUAUUUCGCGUCAAAAACCCAGGCGCCCCUAA